AUGGACCCCUCGACAGCCAUCAUCGACCCCGCGACAGACCAGCCCCUCCCUCCUGACGCCAUCGUCCGCGUCUUGUUUCUCACCCACCCAGUCCACGUCUACAGCAUCCCUUCAACCGUAGUCCCCUCCAAAGCAGGCUACGCCGCGUCCUCCUGGACGGACGAUCCCAGAAACCACAUCUUCACAGCCCGUCUCCGCAUCCUCGAGACCUCCUACACUCUUGAGUCGACCCAAGACUCCCUGGCAGACGAAACCCAGGACCCCGACCCAGUUCUUAAAGUAGACAUCCUCCUCGAGGACCCCAACACAGGCGUUCUCUUCGCGGCAGCCCCCUACGUCAACAAGGCCGUUGUUGAACCCACAACCGACAGCAGCCGGUUCUUCACUCUUCGAGUCCAAGACCCAAAAUCUAAAGUCAAAGCUACCUUAGCGAUCGGGUUCGAAGAGCGCAGCGAUGCAUUUGACUUCGGCGUAGCCCUUCAAGAGGCAGCCAAGUCCUUAGGUUGGCAAAGGACGGCCACUGGGAAGGGAGACAGCACCACCGGCGAUAAGGCGACCGCGCAAGCGGAAGCGAAGGACUACAGUCUCAAAGAGGGGGAGACGAUUACGAUCAACCUGAAGGGGACGAGGUUUGGUCGUCGAACGGGGCAAACGCAGGGUGGAGGGGAAGGGGGUGAGGUCAAGCAGCAGCAGGAGGAGGAGGGGAAGCCUUUGGCGGCUUUUGCCUUGGCUCCUCCACCCCCGCCGCCGCCUGGGUCGAGUGCGGCGAGGGAGGCCAGGCAGAGGAAGAGGUUAUCUGCGCAGUUGGGAUUUGAUGAUGGGAAGUUUGGGGAGUUUGCUUGA